AGCUUUAGAAAAGCCUCACAUUGGGCUUUCAGAAAAUGGCUUUACAAGCCCAAUUCAAUGGUAAAUGCCUUUACUCUUCGGCCCAUGGGUGAUUUCACUCUCAAAAUAGAAAAUCCAUAUAUCCGCGCAAGGAAGAACAUCAAAUGAAACCCUAAUUUCUUCUGUCCGACAAGAAUACAUCCCAGCAUCUCUUCCCUAAUCUAUUCUCCUCUCAUCAGAUUCGAUUAAAGUUAAUGAAGCCCUAACUUUCCUGGAAAUUUUGUUAGAAUUAUUUGUUUGUUACAGAUUUAUAUAGGUAUACGGAAUCGCAUAGUUCUGGUGAAAUUGAGAGGAUGGAGAAGGAGCGAGUCAGGAAACGACCUCGGCUCGUGUGGGACGUGGCAGCAACAGAAACAGUACCAGAGGUUGGUUCGAUUAGAGUUGGGGUUUUUUGAAAGCGAAGGGAAUCGCAAGAGAGAAAGGGAGCAAGGGAUCGAUUUAUGGGUAUAUGAAACUAUGAAUUGUGAAAGUACGGGUUUUGAUAAUCUGACCUGGAUGGUCAUGGUUUGUAGGCGCAACGGGCUCUGGUGCUUGGGAACGGCGUGGCAUCGGCGAGGCAUGUAUCGCCGCCGAGAAGGGAUGAUGAUCGCGAUGGCCAUUACGUCUUCGCGCUUGGAGAAAAUCUCACGUCUAGAUAUAAAAUACUCAGCAAGAUGGGUGAAGGUUAGCCGCCGAGUACCUCGUUGUCUACAAGACUUGUACUUUUGUGAUUCAGGUUGAGCCCUUAGCAAAUUACUAGUGUUGUAGGCACCUUUGGCCGAGUUUUGGAAUGUUGGGAUCGUCAAACUCGUGAGCAUGUGGCAAUCAAAGUAGUGCGAAGUAUACGCAAGUAUCGCGAAGCAGCAAUGACUGAAGUUGAUAUACUUCAACAUCUUACCAAGAAUGACAGUGGUGUCUCACGCUGUGUGCAGAUACGAAGCUGGUUUGAUUACCGCAAUCACAUUUGCAUUAUAUGCAUGAUUUACACUUAAUCCACACCGACCUGAAGCCAGAAAAUAUUUUGCUUGUGUCUUCUGAAUACAUAAAACUUCCUGGCUACAAGAGAAGUUCUCCAAAUGAUGCGAAUUUUCGGUGCUUGCCGAAGUCAAGUGCCAUUAAGCUGAUUGAUUUUGGCAGUACUGCAUUUGAUAAUCAGUGCCACAGCUCCAUUGUCUCCACAAGACAUUACAGAGCCCCUGAGAUUAUACUAGGUCUAGGCUGGACAUAUCCUUGUGAUCUUUGGAGUGUUGGUUGUAUACUCGUUGAACUAUUCUCGGGGGGAGCGUUAUUUCAGACGCAUGAAAACUUGGAACACUUGGCCAUGAUGGAGAGGGUAUUGGGACCUCUGCCAGAGCACAUGAUACGCAGGGCCAACCAAGGUGCAGAAAAAUACUUCAGGAGAGGCUCAAGAUUGAAUUGGCCUGAAGGAGCGGUUUCUAGGGAGAGUAUUAGAGCUGUGAAGAAAUUGGAUCGUCUUAAGGAUAUGUUGUUGCAACAUGUAGGGAGCUCUAGAUCGUCACUGAUAGAUUUGUUGUGUGGUUUGUUGCAAUAUGAUCCUUCAGAACGGCUAACAGCUCGGCAAGCUCUUAAUCACCCCUUUUUCAGGAAUUUAACUUGAAAAGGAGGUACGAAGAAAGAACCUGUAUAUUUUAUCAAACUGGUUAUGCCUGGAAGACAAAUAGCUGGCUGACACUUUAAAGUUUCGAUCUUCACAGUUUUUGUCC